GACUCACCAGCCCGUCGUCCUCCUUUGUUCACUCAUUUCUCCCGUACAUGCAUCAGCGCACCGUGCUGAUCGCGACUGCCUCUCUCUUCACUCCGCGCCUGUCGCUCUCGCAUGCCACGACGUCUUCCUUAAGAAGCAGCCUCGACCCCCGCCGACUGUUUGCGAGAGCGCAUAUCCUCUUUGCCCCACUCAUUUCACACCACUCGCGGACAAUGGCAUCACAGCCGGAAUGGCGAGCGCCGCAACGUACGGCUGAACAAGGAAACUUGCCCAGUCUGGUGGUGUACAAUUCUCUCACACGAAAGAAGGAUGCCUUCGUGCCCAUCUCUGGCAAGAAAGUGGGCUGGUAUGCUUGCGGACCGACCGUGUACGACGAUGCGCACUUGGGCCAUGCAAGAAACUAUGUCUCGAACGAUAUCAUCAGGCGUAUCAUGUCGGACUACUUCAAGUUUGACGUGAACUUCGUCAUGAACAUCACCGACGUCGACGACAAGAUCAUUCUGGAGGGAAGGAAGAGAUAUUUGCUGGAGCAAUUUCUGGAGAAGCACGAGACAGUGGACGAAGAGGUGAGAAAGGUCACAGAAGAGGCCUAUGAGGCGUAUUUGGCAAAGCAGCUGCCCUUGCUCAAGGACAGCAAGCCGAGCACCUUCCUGCAGGACGAGAAGAAGGCGUACGGGCAUGUUUUAAGUGGGAAAGCACUGGAGGGAGAUGGACCGCCCGGCGAUCGAGAGGCAAAGGUCAAGAUGCAUUUGGACACAACGCGAGCAGCCGCGGAAGUGCUAGCUCUUCCAUCAGACAAGGCGCCGGGGCUGGAGUUGUGGGCGGAGAAGGCGUCGGGAGUACUGAAGCCGUUCUUGGACAAGAAGUACGCACACACGAUCGACGGGCGAAAGCAGCACGACAUCUUCACCAAACUGACAAAGCUGUAUGAGAAGCGAUUCUUUGAGGACAUGGAGAGGCUGAAUGUACGAGCACCCGACAAGCUGGUGCGAGUGACAGAAUAUGGGCAGAAGAUUGUCGAUUUUGUCAAGCAAAUACAGGACAACGGCUACGCAUACGACCACGAGGGCUCGGUGUACUACGACACGACAGCUUGGGAAAAGUCAGGAGGUGUGUAUGCUCGUCUACAGCCGUGGAAUCGCAACGACCAGGAGUUGCAGGCAGAUGGCGAAGGAUCGCUUUCUGCGAAUACAACAAGCUUCAAGAAGGCCAACUCUGAUUUCGCUCUAUGGAAAGGCUCCAAGCCAGGCGAGCCAGUCUGGGACUCACCCUGGGGCGCAGGUCGGCCCGGCUGGCACAUUGAGUGCUCGGCAAUGGCGUCAGAUGUGCUGGGAAAGCAGAUGGACAUUCACUCUGGAGGCAUCGAUCUGGCAUUUCCGCAUCACGACAACGAAUUGGCACAGUCAGAAGCAUAUCACCACAAGUGUGGUGCCGAGAGCGAGCAGUGGGUCAACUACUUCUUGCAUAUGGGGCAUUUGCACAUCUCCGGCAGCAAGAUGAGCAAGAGUCUCAAGAACUUCACAACAAUCAAGACCGCUUUGGAUCGAGGCGACUAUACUCCUCGUCAGAUGCGCAUCAUCUUCCUGCGAGGAGCAUGGAAAGACCAGCUCGAAAUUGACGACGAUAUGCGCAAAGCUGGGAGAUCGUGGGAGGAGCGAAUUGACAAUUUCUUCAUUAAAGUGCGCGAUAUACAGUCGCACCCUUCGAAGACACUCAGCAACGGCACGAACGGCACAUCGACGCCCGCAUCGGACCUCGAUGGCAAGCUGGAAGAGGCAAAGAGCGAACUACACAAAGCUCUGCUCGAUUCCUUCGACACACCUGCGGCAAUGCGCAUCAUCUCUGAUCUCAUCGGAUCAUACAACUCAGCUACAUAUGUACCCGACGAAACAUCAUUGGCGAUCGGCAAAUGGGUUACCGAUAUCCUGGUCAUGUUCGGCCUUGACUCCAACUAUCGCAAAGGAGAAAUCGGAUGGUCGGGAGUUGAUAUUCCUGAGAAGGCGAAAGCAUUCAUCUAUCCACUGUCUGAGCUUCGUGAUGAGGUUCGCAAGCAAGCCAUCGAAGGCUAUGUCGACAUCAUCUCCCUAGGCCGACUGGACGAGAAGGACAACUACUACAAUGACGAUCAAAAGUAUGCCCGUGCGUACGCUGAUUUCCAACGCAAGCUCUACGAGUUAUACACCAAAAACGCGGAGCCCAAGGCAUACCUCGAAGCCUGCGACGAGCUACGAAAUACCACACUAUGGAAUUUGGGCAUUUACCUAGAAGAUCGCGAGAACAAGCACGCACUUGUACGGCCUGUCUCUGCAUCACUACGCGAGGAGCGGGAAGACAAAGAGCGACGAGCGGCAGAGAAGGCUGCUGCUAAAGCGAAGGCGCAGGCAGACAAAGCGAAAGCGGACGCUGGAAAAGCAGAGAAGGCGAAGAUCGAUCCUUUGACCAUGUUCCAGCAGGGAGAGUAUGCCGGAAAAUACAAGGCAUAUGACGAGAGGGGGAUCCCGACGUAUGAUGCGGAAGGCAAGGAGAUUGCAAAAGCGCAGACGAAGAAGCUGACCAAGUUGUGGGAGGCGCAGAAGAAGCUGUUCGAGAAAUCACAGGCAUAAAUCGAAUUAGUGUAAGACCUAUACGAAGCGAACGAGCAUUACGCGCAGCCCUGUGCGGGAUCAGCAUGCCUCCGACAUAUCAAUCUUCUCACGCC